GCAUAAACUCAUUAAAACCCAUAUGAUUUUGAAGUUUCGUAAACAAAAGUCAGCAAAUUUUCUCUUUUGCGGCGCAAAUUCUGGAGUUUUCAGCGCUUCAUUUUACCAAAACGCAGCCAGACACGAAAUAAGAUUACAUUUUCGGAAUAAUGACUUAAAACAAAUAAUUUUUCGGUAAAUUCUUGCCUUUAAUUGCCCGAUUAUGACGUGCUGGGCCUUCCUCGUCCUUUCGUGUCUGAUCUUGCCAGUGCUGACGACCGACCCUGCCGUGCUGAUCGUGUCCUUUGAUGGUUUUCGGCACGACUACUUUGACCGUGUGUCAUCGCCAAAUUUCGACCGGUUGAAGCGGCGCGGUUCCCACGGCGACAUAAUGAACGUUUUUGAAACCAAAACCUUUCCAAACCAUCAGUCGCUGGCCACCGGGCUCUACCCUGAAAGCCACGGAGUGCUCGCCAACCACGUCUUUGACCCCAACUAUAACCGCACCGUCAACUACAGCAUCGAGCUGUGGCAAUACAACGACCAAAUCAUGCCUAUAUGGACUUUGAACGAAAUGUCCGGAGUGGAUCGGAACAGUGGCGUGAUGAUGUGGCCGGGCAGCGAAUUCAGCUACCACAAGGCUGUUCUGCCAACCUUCAUUCAGAAAUGGGAUCCCAGGUGGACGUGGCAGCAGCGAGUGGACAUGGUCAUGUCCUGGCUCACACACCCCCACAACCCUGCUAAUUUGGUCAUGCUGUACAUGGAGGAGCCGGACACGCAUGCCCACGCUUUUGGGUCUGAAUCUGCAGAGGUCACUGAGCAGAUCAAGAAUGUCGACAGAUACAUUGGUUAUUUGGUCGACCAAUUGGAGAGGCACAAUCUCACUGAGGCAGUUAACACAUUCGUCCUUAGUGAUCACGGGAUGACUGAGACUGACGUCCACCGAAUAAUUGAUCUCAACGAAUUCACCGACAAUUCCACUUACCUCAGGGUUGGAACGUCACCUGUGGUGCACAUUUUCCCACACCCUGGCCAGCAACACACUUUGUUGCUUCAGUUUGAGUGGGCGGCGCACCAGUACAAAACCUUCCAAGUGUUCACAAAUGAUAAUAUUCCAAGUCACUGGAAGGUGACCAACUGCAGGCGUGCGCCUCCCAUAUUGUUGGUGGCCAACGAGGGCUACGCUUUUGAUGACCUGCGGGAGUCUAUCGUCGAGUACGGCAAGAAGUAUAAUUUUACGCCCACGGUGAACCACAAGUACGGCUUGCACGGCUACGACAACCUGCUGCGAAGCAUGCAGCCAUUUUUUGUGGCCUUCGGGCCGAGCAUACGAGAAGACUUCACCAUCCCGCAGAUCCACUCGAUAGACCUGUUCUCGCUGUGGACGGAAAUGCUCAAGCUGCCGCAGCAAACCACCAAUGGCACCCUGAGCGCAGAAACGCUGCAGAUGCUCAGGGUGCACCACAUCUCGCCCAGCCUCUCUUCUUUGCUGAUCACGUGUAAGAAUUGCAUGUCCCAGAGCUGUGUUUGUAUGCGUGAGUCUUGCCAUCGUCAUAAUAGGCGGCACCGGGAUAAUUGCGACCAGGCGGCUAAUCAGGAAGCGCAACAUAGAUGAUUGUUCUCAGCCAUAUAGAGGCAUGCAGUCUUUUGAGGUAGAUGAUAAUGAGGAGAUCACGGUGGAAAUAGUCAACGGAAACAUCGAGGAGCAACACUUGCUCAGUGGCGACUCGUCCUAAUCAAAGUCUCAAUCCGAGUCUAAUUAGUCAAUGACAAAAUAAAAGCUGUGGUAAUUUUGCUAUCCUUCACUCACACACAGACCUGUAAAUAAUAUACUUACUUAACGCAAUUGAUGUUCUAUUCUUACAUGAUAAAAUAGGGUCUGUAUUUUAUUGAAUAUUUUUUUAGUUAAAACUUAAUUCUCUGAUCUCUAUUGGAAGAGAUCUUUUCUUACAAAACAUGUGUCAUGUUGUGUGCAGUCAAUAAUAAUGUUCUACUUCUAAAAGCAAAACUUUAACUUCUCGAUGUCAAUUUCGCACGCGGAGGAUUUAACAUAAUAAAUCGAGAGAAUGAGAUAAUCAUGUAA